GUCAAAGUCUUAGAACCAAAGCCUAAUGCAGUGAUUCCAUACGGCCAACCGAUUAAGCUUAAGAUCAAGUCCCAAGCGCCACAGGGUCCUGAAAUUCUCGAACUUUUUUGCGAGCUUAUUGAUACGUUUGCAUUGCCAGCUCAGCAAAAACCUCAGGAAAUUGUCCUUGGAAUCAUAAACAAGCAAAUUACUGCAGGCACAUUUACAUAUCGAGUUGUGUUUGAUAAAACCACGCCUAACACCAUGAAUCUCGGUUACGGUCCUUUUAUUCUCC